AUGGAUAAAAAAGACUUGGCCAGGGCUAUGCAGUAUAAACACCCAACUAGGCCUCUUGAUAUCGAGACUAUCAACGGCAACCUGAAUAGAAUACUGACUGAUAAGCCCCAGUUGAGAUCUAAGAUUAAGACUUGCCUCCAACAAGCUGUUCGCUGUGCUUCGAAGACCAAGCGCACUUCCCGGAGAGCUAUUGGCCAGUACAUUGAGCAGCUUUCAGUUGGCACACAACUCAAGAUUGAGUUAAGGAAUCAUUACAAGGGAGCAGUACUCCUAUUUGAUCCGAACAUAUCGAAUUCAAAUGGGUUCGAAUGCAUUCGAAUCGAAAACGAACCAUGGAGCACUGUAAGGGAGGCACACAAGCGCUUUGCAGAAAGGCACAUGUGUCAAGCUCUGAUAGGCGCCAUCAUCCCAUGUUGGAUGGAGCAACGGAAGACAGCAGCGGCCUACAAUUCACAGUCCAUCAGUGACAUCGAGACCAGCCUGCCUUCUCUUCGUGGAGUCGAUGCAAGUAUAAAAAAUUACAUUGAGAGGCUCAGAGGCGUGGAGAAAGACCUUGAUUCCUUCUAUAGCAGCAACAAUGUUAUCAAGAAACAUAGGUGGGAUGCAAAGAGAGCUCGGGCUGAAUAA